GCAGAAAUAGGCGCUAUGAGACUUCAUAUGCGAGCAGUUGCAAACUCCAAGUUAUGAGAAAAUCGCCGAGUCAACUUAGGUGUCCACCCUUGUUUGAACCCGCUCUUCAGCAACAGCAAUGGAGCAAGGCCAGGCUCCCAGCGAGAAGCCAGGUCGUCCGCCCGCUCAAUCCACCCUUCACGAAGUGCGGACUGCCGAGAAUAGCGCUGCCUAUUUGCUGCCCAAGGUGCAGUCCAUGAAGGAAGCCAACCCCCAUCUGACGCUCCUGGACGUAGGCGCCGGCUCAGGCACCAUCUCUGUGAGUUUCGCACAGCUCAUCCCCGACGGCCACGUUACCGGCGUCGACCUCAACCCAGACAUCUUGCCACGGGCGCGAGCCGUCGCUGAGAUGGCCGGCGUCGAAAACAUCGACUUUCAGCAGGGCAGCGUGUACAAACUGCCCUUUGCCGACGAGACGUUCGACGUCACCUGCUGCCAUCAGGUGCUGAUCCACAUUGGCACCCCGUGGGACGCGCUGCGUGAAAUGCUCCGAGUCACCAAGCGAGGCGGCAUCGUCGCGGCCCGCGAGGGCGACUACGAGACCGAAUGCGUCUGGCCCGACCUCCCCUACCUGUCCAAGUUCCACAAGCUCAUGGCAGGCCUGAUGAGCGCCGGCGGGGGCACGCCAACUGCAGGCCGACAGCUGGUUUCUUGGGCACUCAAGGCCGGCGCCGAACCGAGCCAGAUCACGCUCAGCUAUAGUCCAUCGUCAUACGAUACACCGAGCAGGAGGAAAAUCUGCUCCCAGGGCCUGUGCGAUCAGCUCAGAGGAGGUUCUAUGCGCGCGAAAGCCCUCAAGUUCGGCCUGGGUUCUGAAGAUGAUUUUGAACAAAUGGCCGCGGCUUGGGAGGAGUGGGCGAAAAGAGACGAUGCUAGCCUGGCGAUGCUGAAUGGAGAGAUUCUCGUCCAAAAGUAAUGGAUUGCGAGACUCCCAAGUCACGUUUGACUGCUGGUCCGUGGUACACCGGGGAUGCAAUAACAAUACACGAUAGAUGAAAGCC